AUCAAAUUUGAAGAAAGAAAAUCAGUUCCCUAUAUAAAUAGGAUGGCCCUUGAGCAAAUUCGAGCAAUUUUGCUACCAAAUUCAAAAAAUUCCAAUCUGAUCGGCAAUGGAGAGCGGCGAUGGCGGUGAUGUGGAGGCAGGCUUCGCGAAGCUACAAGGCGAAGAUUUCGAGUACUACAUGCAAACCUACUCCAUAAUUCUCGGCCGCAACUCGAAGAAAUCGGCCGUGGACGUCGAUCUCUCCUCCCUCGGCGGUGGGAUGAACAUCAGCCGCCACCAUGCCCGAAUCUUCUACGACUUCCAGCGCCGCCGUUUCGCGCUCGAGGUCCUUGGCAAGAACGGCUGCUUCGUCGAGGGCGUCCUCCACCUCCCCGGGCACCCGCCAGUCAAGCUCGAUUCGCAGGACCUUCUGCAGAUCGGCGACAAGGAAUUCUACUUCCUGCUUCCCGUUAGGAGCAUCCUCGGCGGGCCGGUCGCCCCGAGAAAUCACGCGAACAAUUAUCAAACAGGUUCUGUGCAGCCGCAGCAUUUGGGGCUGCCGCCGCCUGCUGGCAGCGGAGGGGCGGGUUUUGGGAAGAAGGGGAGAGCGUGGGAUGAGUAUGAUGAGGAAUGUAGUGAGGAGGAGGAGGAGGAAGCCGGCGGCUCCGGCGGCGGCGGUUAUAGGUAUGCUUCUGGUGGGAAGGCGGGGUCUUCCGCGCGAUCGGAUAAGAAGGCUGAUGUGAGAACACGUGUUGAUAGAGAAGCGGAUAACCAACAGCUUCUUCAGUUAGAAGAAAAGGAUGUUGUGACAUCAGUAGCCACAGUGCUGUCUGAUAUAUGUGGUCCUGGAGACUGGAUGCCGAUGGAGAAACUACACUCUGAGCUGGUGGAACAAUUCAGCGACGUCUGGCAUCACAGCCGUGUAAGGAAAUAUCUCACGUCCGAGGAUUAUGCUAGUCAAGAAUCCCAAGGGAAGCCGUGGUUCGGAUUGCUGGUGCUGUUGAAGAAAUACCCCGAACAUUUUGUCAUCAACACGAGAUCCAAGGGACGAGUGACACUGGAAUUUGUCUCCCUCGUCUCGCUAGUUUCCUGAGAAGCGGCGGCAUCCUCCACAGUGAACACCAGAACACUCGAUCCCUUUUCUGACACGAUCAUAUAUCUGUUUAGCUUGGCUUUGUCCACAUUUCUUCUGUCUUAAUCUUCUAUAUCGACCAAGUUUGUGGGCUGUGCAUUCCGUUAGUUGGAUUUAAUAGUAGGCCCAAUAAUAAUAAUGCAUAUGAAAGGAAGCCCAAGCCCAUAUAGAAAUAGUUGGUUUUUUUCUGUAUUUUUUUUGGGUUGAAAUUGAAUGCUUGGACGAUGAAACUUUCUACUAAAAGAUUUACUGUAAAUAAUUGAUGAGGAUCUUGAUGAAAUAAAAGUUUACUUACGGCA